AUGGCCGAGGUCUCUACCCCUGAGGUGUCCCACGGCCGUGGUGGUGCCGGCAACAUUGUCAAGGACGACACCAAGUACGUCGACGGCGAGAUUGUCCGUGCCGGCAUCGUUGGCAGCCACGAUGACGGCCCGUACUCGACUGGCAGAGGAGGCGCCGCCAACAUUGGUGAUUCCGACAAGCGCCGGUCACUCGAGCGCGCCGACCGCACGCUGAUCCCCGAUGCUGCCGUGCGCCCUUCAGCCGACCUGAGCGACUACCACACCGGCCGCGGCGGUGCUGCGAACGUGCACCUGGGCCCCGAGUCGGAGAAAAAGAAGGCAGAGAAGGCGGCGCACGAGGGCGGCGGCCCCCCGCCGAUGGUGGGCCUGGCCGACAAGCUCAAGCACAAGCUCACGGGCGUGUUCAAGAAGUAG